AUUGGAUAUUAGGAAAGAAUUCUUCCCUGUGAGGGUGGGGAGGCCCUGGCAUAGAAUUCCCAGAGAAGUUGUGGCUGUCCCUGGAUCCCUGGAAGUGUCCGAGGCCAGGUUGGACAGAGCUUGGAGCAACCUGGGAUAGUGGGAGGUAUCCCUGUCCAUGGCUGAGGUUUGGGAUGAGAGGAACUUUGAAGUCCCUUCCAAUCCAAGCCAUUCUGGGAUUCUGUGAGAGUAAAUCCAGAGCCAGACAGGCUCAGGAUGUGAGAGCACUCAGGAGCAAUGUGCGUACUUGUGGUGGUUUCUGACUGUCAUUUGGCCACCUGGGAGGUGACUGAAAGGGACAUUUAGUUGGGCCUGGUACUGGAAUUUCUGCUUAGAUUGUAAAGUUGUUGGAUGUAUGUGUGUGUAGAAGAUUAGGUCGCAGAAUCCCAGAAUGGUUUGGGUUGGAAGAAACCUCAAAGGCCAUCUCUUUCCAUCCCUUUCCAUGGACAGGGACGUCCUCCACUAGACCAGUUUGCUCAGAGUCUGUUUGGGGUUUGUAUUAUUUUUUUGUUUUGUUUUUUUAGGGAAUGCUAAGUGAUACAACUGUAGGAGGGGUGUUUUUCUGGAAUAGGGAGGACACCAGAACUAGAGGUUUGCAGUGCCUGAGCACCGUUAUCAAAACACAGAGGGUUUUACAAGCCCCAUUCCUUCCCAUGCUUAUAGCUUUUAUUUUUUUAUUCCAUAUGGAGGGGAAUAGUUUUGGAGGCGAGUUUCUGGGCUCUGGUCCCCCAUUUGGAACUUCUGAUCCCUCUGUCACUUCAGAGCUAACAUUGCAUUGCUAAAACUUUCCAGCUUUUUCAUUCUCAAAGGAAAAAGGCAGAGACCUGAGGGUAAUGUAAAUCUUUCUGAAUGGAGGCACUAUUCCUCGUUUUAUGAAGACUUUUGUUAAGGGGCAAAUGACCCAGCUUUGUGAACUGAUCAAUAAAAGUGGAGAGCUGCUAGCAAAAAAUCUUUCCCAUCUGGAUACAGUGCUCGGUGCCCUGGAUGUACAGGAACACUCACUAGGUGUUCUUGCUGUCUUGUUUGUGAAGUUUUCUAUGCCCAGCAUCCCUGACUUCGAAACGUUAUUCUCACAGGUGCAGCUUUUUAUCAGCACUUGCAAUGGAGAACACAUUAGAUAUGCAACAGACACUUUUGCUGGCCUGUGCCACCAGUUAACAAAUGCCCUUGUGGAGAGAAAACAGCCCCUGCGAGGAAUUAGCAUUCUCAGACAAGCCAUAGACAAGAUGCAGAUGAACACAAACCAGCUGACCUCAAUACAUGCAGAUCUCUGCCAGCUCUGUUUGUUAGCAAAAUGCUUUAAACCUGCCCUCCCGUAUCUAGAUGUGGACAUGAUGGAUAUUUGUAAAGAGAAUGGGGCAUAUGAUGCGAAGCACUUUUUAUGUUACUACUACUAUGGUGGGAUGAUAUACACUGGGCUAAAGAACUUUGAAAGAGCACUCUACUUUUAUGAACAGGCAAUAACUACUCCAGCAAUGGCAGUCAGUCAUAUUAUGUUGGAAUCAUAUAAAAAGUAUAUCCUAGUUUCUUUGAUACUACUUGGUAAAGUUCAGCAGCUACCAAAAUACACUUCCCAGAUAGUUGGUAGAUUCAUUAAGCCUCUUAGCAAUGCUUACCAUGAAUUAGCACAAGUUUAUUCAACCAAUAAACCCUCGGAGCUUCGAAAUCUGGUGAACAAACACAGUGAAACUUUCACAAGAGAUAACAAUAUGGGGCUGGUUAAGCAAUGCUUGUCAUCCCUCUACAAAAAGAAUAUUCAGAGGCUAACCAAGACAUUUUUAACAUUGUCAUUACAAGACAUGGCAAGUCGAGUGCAGCUGUCGGGGCCCCAAGAAGCAGAAAAAUACGUCCUCCACAUGAUAGAAGAUGGUGAAAUCUUUGCAAGUAUUAAUCAGAAAGAUGGUAUGGUCUGUUUCCAUGAUAAUCCUGAAAAAUAUAACAAUCCAGCUAUGCUUCAUAACAUUGAUCAGGAGAUGCUGAAAUGUAUAGAGCUCGAUGAACGACUGAAAGCCAUGGAUCAAGAGAUCACUGUGAACCCUCAGUUUGUGCAGAAGAGUAUGGGCUCUCAAGAAGAUGACUCAGGGACCAAACCAUCCAGUUAUUCUUGAAAUUAAUGUUGCUCACCACUCCGCUUUCAAGUAAAAGCUUAUGAAAGAAUCACGCCUGGAACAGGGCAUUGAGGAGUUCCACGAAGAGAGCAGAGAGAACUGAGCUUUGCUUUUCACCUGGACAUUAAGAAAAUAAAAGAACACCCUCUCAGUACUGUAUAAUAUCAGAAAUAUUCUCUGCAAAGAAAAAGGAAAUCUCAAAAGAAACUUGAAAGUCUGUUGUGGAUUUAUUUAUCUUCAGAUUAACAUUGUUAAUGCAUUAAAUAAUCUACCUUUUGUUUUAAAGGGUUUGAAUGUUGCCGUGUUUCUGUAGCAGUCCUCUUCUGCAAAACAAGAAGUGUUAUUCAGGGAAGAAUACAAACUAGUGUUGGUUCACUUAUAAGAUAAUUAUUGGUUCAUUAUUCUGUAUGUAAAGGUGGCUCAAAGAGCAGAUUUAUCAUAUGUGUGGUGGGGGCAGAAGGGUGGAGUUGAAGCAAAUCAUAAUGUAGAGAAUUUGCAUAUGCCCCGUGUAGCUGUUAAAUGAGGAAAUAAGAACUGUUCUUCCCAAAAGGAUGAGGAUAUCACAUGUCCUUGUGAGGAAGUUUGCUGCACAGUAGGAAUCAUAUAUGGAAAACAUACAUGACAGCUGUUUAUGAUUUUAAGUUUCUGGUACAAAAUAUCUGCUAAUAUUAUUUGCUCUUAGAUGAAAUUUAUUAGACCUAAACAAAAGGAUAUUUGGGAAAUGUUGGUGUUCUGGAGGAUUCUAGACAGGAAGUUGUUUACACUGAAAGAAAUUUGUUUGUUGCUCUGCAAAUGGCAUGAAGGUAUUCAACAGGCUGAUAGCUUCCUUGGUGGAAACCAGCAUUUCUGCAUGGAACAUAAAUAGAAUUCUAUACAGCUCUCAAAGUGCAGGAUUUUAUUCAGCUAUAACAUGUUGGAAUGGUACCUGUUUUUUAAUUUACUAUUUUAAACUUUAAAACUUUGUUAUUGGAUUUUUUAAAAGUGCUUCACCCCUUAAAUCAA